AUGACGACGCCUUCCAACCCACGUUCGUUUGGCUCUUCAAGCUCCAAUUAUCCACCCGCCUCGUCCUCAUCCGACUACUCGCCUACAUCUACCAGCACACCCUUUGCUACCCCAGCAACGCGAGCCACCAGCAUUGCUCCCAGCACGUUUUCGCGAUCUGGUCCAGGCAAUCGACGCGCCAAGUUCUCCAUGCUCACCAGCAAUGCCACCGGCAACUCACUCGUACAGGCCAUUCAUGCCAGUCCCACACCAUCCGGCUCGCGAUCCGGAACUCCAGCCAGCAUGGAGGAUGCUGCCACGGCCGCCUCCAGUCAAGAUGACGCUGAACCGUCUUCAUCGCUAGCCACAACUUUGGCACCUGGAUCUUCAAACGCGUGCACAGCUGGCCCUCCUGGCAUCCGAGCAAGGCUUGCCGUAGCAUCCCAUGGAGCCAACAAAGCUUCAUCACCAUUGACUUCGUCCUCUGCACUGACAUCAGCGUGCAUCUCAAAACCCUCUGUUGCCGCUUCAACCCUGCAGUUGGGCACCACCAACUCUUUGACAAUCACAGCAGCACCAUCCGAUGCUGCUGCGCCAACCGGCUCUGAACUCUCCAAGGAUGCCCAAGACUUCUUCACCAGGGCACAAGCCAUGGGUCUUCGUUUGACUAGGGAAGACUACGAGCGGACAAAGGCUGGCGUGGCUGCCUUCCUCAAAGCUGAGCGAAAGCCUUUCUCGCCCACUACAUCUGCCUCUACAAUUUCUGCCUCGACGACAUCAUCGAAAGCGAAUGAGGCAAAAGUCACGGCAGCAGGUCAAGGUGCAUCUUCCAGUGGAAAGACCGAAGUAGCUGAGGCUGCCAAGCCGAAUGAAUCCAAGAUUGGCGCAUCGCAGCCGCGUCUCGCAGCUCCUUCUCCCUUGGCACGUGCCGGUGGGCCCACAUGGUCACGCAACACUAGCAGCCCUGGCCUCUCCUUCUUCACCGCCGUCGUCGAGCCUCAAGAUUCGUCUGGCUCACCUAAAGCGCAUCCCAGUCUCGAUCAAGUCGGCAACGCCGAAGAAAGGCGUCGACUAAAGCUCAAGAAGCACAAGUGGCGUCUGAGACGUGAGCGUGAACGCGCCGCAGCUAACGCGAGCAUCGCUUCCUCUUCCACCAAGACAUCCCAUGACCUUCUCGCAACGCCCAACUCCAUCGCUGCGCAGUCGUCGCCCGAGGUAGCAUCCACUUGCUCAUUCCGCACACCGCCAACAAGAACGCAUGCCAAGAAGGGCAGUUGCAGCAGCAUCAAGUCAGCUACCAGGAUCGGUCUUGACCUCGACCUCAAUACCAGUCCUGAUCCAGCGACUCCACCCGAAGCAUUGCAGAGCGCCUUCUCCAGCCGCCGCUCACGUGUGCGAACCGUCUCGUUUGAGUCUUCGCCCCUCGUCCGUGUCAGUGACGAGGUGCACGAAUGCACCUCGCUCGAGGAGCUCAGCCGACGUGCCUGGGUCAGUCCCAGAGGUACUUUACGAUUACUCAAGUCUCCCGUUGAGAACGGCGCCACCUUCUGCAGCCCUCUCAUGGAUGCUGAUGACUCGGGUGUCUGCUUCAUCACCAAAGAGCAGAACGCCGGCCUGAGCGGAGGUCUCGCUGCCGAUGGUUGGGGCGCAUCGCAUCGCAGAACCCUGUCCGAAAGCUCUACCGGCACCUCAGCGCCUGCCGCUCUCGAUGGCUUGGACUCCAAGAUGAGCGGUCUCAGCUUCCUCGAUAAGGUCAUGGCACAACACACCAGCCCAAGACGGCUGUACAAGGAGGAGAAGCUCAGACAGAAGAAGGCAGCUCAACGCAAGUGGAUCGAGGAACAGGACAAGGCUGAGGCGGCCGCGCGCCAAGAGUAUGAGCAGAGGGAGGCAGUCAAAGCAGCAGCUGCGGCUGAUGCCAUCAAGGCAGCCAACCCAGACUACGCUUCGCUUGUGAUCAGCACACCCAAUGCGGGCAACAAGAGACGCAAGUCGCCCGACUCUGUUGUGCGUGGCACACCCUUGGAAUCCUCUUCCGCCAGAGCGCUGCGAUGGACUACGAUUGGCGCCAGCCCGAACAACAUGCACACACGCAUGACAACGCGCGAGCACUACGAUUUCACCAUGCACGGCAUCUCGCCCAGUCAGCCCGGCUUCGACUCCCUCGAGGCGCUCUGCAACAUUCACUCCACGCCCGGUCCAAUCACCUUCUCUGCUUGGGAUGCUGAGCCGCUGACGAGCUUGCGCAAGGGAACCGAUGCUAACCGCUCGAGCUUGCGCAGCAGUUCGUCCUUCACCCCCGCUGCCCACUUCCUUCAUUCUGCUGACGAAUCUCGACCCGAGCUCAUCGGUGUCAGUCCCUCGGUUGCUGGGUUCUUCCAUGCUCGACAGGCUAGCGCACAGGGUUCGGCCAACUCUUCGCUCAUGCGCUCCUCUUCGCAGGGUGUCGCUGUCAUGUCGCCACUGUCUGGUCGCCUCGUCUCUGGCGUCGCGAGCCGAAUGAGCGACCUCGACUUUGAUGCUGACGAUGACAUUCAUGUCCAACAUGAUGACGUUCCCGGCCUCGGCAAGCCUGUCGGUUUCAGCGCUAAGCGUGGCCUGCUGUUCUCUGCACCAGGUGGUACCGCUCUCGAUCCACCUCCUGCAUCACUCGCAGAAGCCGUCCAUCUGGAUGGUGGCAUUGGCAAGGGCUUCAUGUUGUCCACUGCACCGCCUUUGCGCAUCGGUCGAUCCCUUCGAGCAGGUACAGCAGGUGACGAGAUGAUCGGUGGCAAGCUUCCUUUCGCCAGUCCACGCAGCGCCCUUGUCCGUGCUCAGUCCGGCACUGCCCUCGACUUGCGCCACAAUCGUCAGCCUUCCGGCAACAUCCGUGACUUUUUGGGCUCCGGCCCCAGCGGAAGCAAACACAGACGAGCCGGCUCGCGCAAGAUUGACACCAUCAGCCCCGCCGACGUGUUCGGCUCCAGCCUGCCGCGCACCGUGUCUGCACCUAACGUUGAGACCAAGCUGCCGCUGCCUGAGCCGAGCAAGGACAUUCGCGAUGCUGUGCCACCUAUGGUCGAGGAUGAAGCUGCGAACACCGCCGCGCAGAACCGCAACAAGAAGGGCAAGAAAGCCGCCGAGAUCAGACGCGUGCAGAGCGACUCUCCCCCUUCUCCCAGCAAGCAGCUUGGCGAGGCAACAAAGGUUGCUGGCGUCAGUGCAUCACAGUUGAUGCAGCCUCCCACUGGGCAUGGCACGGUCGCUGUCAACAUGGUGAUUCGCGCUGGUAGUGCCGAACCCGCAAUGCAGAUGUCUGUCACCGAGUCUGCCGAGAACUUCAUCCCUGGUGGUGGUUUGGACGCCAAAGAUGCUCUGCAGAGCGGUUCGAGUAAGAAGUCUAAGAAGUCAAAGGUGGCCAGCGGUUCUGCAACGGACCAAGCCGCCUUUAAGGUCGUCGACCUGCCAUGCCAGGACUUCGAACGCAUGACCAAGACCUCUCCCUCUGUUCAGAACGGCGACGAGAUUGGAUGGGACCAGCCGGACGGAAGUCGUUUAGUGAAGCUCGUCUCAGAGGAAUUGAAGGCAGCGCUCGAGGCUGGCACACUUCUUGAAGAGCCACCUGCUCGUUACUAUCUGCUCCCUCCAGGAUAUGGACAGUCCAAGGCCAAGCCUAGUUCAGUCUCGUACGCCGGUCUCAUCGGUCAAGCCAUCAAGUCUUCCUCAGACAUGCGCCUCUCGCUCUCUGAAGUGUACGAUUGGAUCAGCUCCACCUACCCAUUCUUCGAAAAGGGCGACCGAGGCUGGCAAAACUCGAUCCGACACAACCUCAGUCUCAACAAGAGCUUCGUCAAGAUCGAGCGCGAAGCCAACAUGCCAGGCAAAGGAGGCUGGUGGGGCAUCAAGCCUGACCAUGAGGACCGAUUCCAGAACGGCCUGUACAACGCUGUCCCGCAGAAAUUUGAAGCUGCCAAGGCUCGCCAACAGCAACAGCAGCAGAACCAGAUCAACAAGGUUAUGGACUCUUCUGAUGCUGUCGAGAGGGCCUUGGCUGUGUCUGAUGACAAUGGCUUGCCGUCUUCGCAGGGUGGCGACGCAUCGGACAAUAGUGCCAAGAAGCACAACAAACCUAAGCGCAACAAGCCUAAGCGCAAGAAGACCCAAGGCGAAACUGCCGGCGACAGCGGUGAUGAGUCGGACAAAGAGACAGGUCGUCGACGAUCGGCCAAGAAGGUCAAGGGCGAUGGUCAGCCAGUCAUGGCUGACCGAUUACCUCUUCUCGAGACGCAGCCGCAGACUGGUGGUCCGCGUGGAGGUGCUGCGAUGGCGAUCAACGGGCUUGACUCGAUGACGCCAGUGCGCCCGCACGUCGGAUCUUUGAUGUACAGCGGCAGCAUCGGAGGGAGCAACUAUAGCAAGAUCCCCGGUCUGAUCGACAGCGCCAGCAGUCCCCCGAGCAGCCCUUUUACGCUGAUGCCACCGCCCUCAAUACAGGCCACGGCCAAUCACAGUGCGAGGAAGCGCAAGAUGGCAGGCCAAGGCAACGUGCAGCUCGGAUACGGAUACUCACCUUCGAUGUACGCCAUUCGAGGCUCUGCGCUCGGCAACGCCUUCGUCUUUUCGAACGGAAUGGAGGGCGAUUUUUCGCGUGGAUCGCCCUUGCGUCGACAGACCAAGGGCUCGACCGAAGAGAGCAGUUCUGGCAACUCCUCCGUGACAUCUCCCAAGCGACUGUGGUCCAUCAGCUCGCCAAUGUCGUCGAUGCGGGGAUCGAUGGGUCAGAAGGGCCACGUGGACGACGGCAUGCAAUCACCUUCAUCGACAGCACGCGUUGCAGCUGCAUUGGCGCAUCGAAGCUCACUCUCACCCAACUCGAGCGCAAGCUUGCAGAUGCAGUUGGCUAUGGGAGGCGGUGCAGGACAGAUGGGCUUCGGCGGUGCUAGCUUUGGUGCCGGCCUAGGCAUGGGCUCGGGCUUGACUCCGGGCCGCACCCCUGGCUCGCUGCGCUUCUCGAGCGGUCUUUCGCCCGGACGUCGAGGCUUCUCAAGCCAUUCACAGAUGAUGGGCAUGAGCUUGGCUGGAGCCACACACCAGAACAUGCAGCAGCAGCAGCAGCAGCAGCAAAGUUGGUACCUGGAUGACCCAUUCGAGAUGCAAGCCAACAUGCAGCAGCAGCAACAACAACAACAACAACAACAACAACACCAACACCAACACCAACACCAACACCAACAGAUGGCGCCGCACUAUUCAGUCGCCUCGCAAGGCCACAGCAGUGACAACUAUUACUCGGGCUAUAGCGGUGGCGAUGGCGUUACGACCAGCCCUCUACGCAUGGCUUGGAACAGCAUCCAGGCAGCUGGCGGUAUCCAGGCUUUCACCGCUGCAACAGCUGGUGGACACGGCUUCUCACAGUCUCGGCAGUGA